GGAUUUCAGAGACGAUAUGGGGGAUACAUCUCGAGAUGAGCUGUCAGCUGUAUUCUCUAAAUACGUUGAUCACAAGGACGGUAAAGGUCAGACGUAUAUAACUGGUCCUGGUUUUAUCAAAAAUUUUGUUGGCGUAGACAUUGAACAAGGUGCUAAAGACGAAAUAAUGGCUCUCCUUACUGGCAUCGUCGACACCACUCAGGACGGUUUGAUAUCCUUCGAGGAAUUCUGCGCUUUCGAGAAAUUUUUGACGGCGCCCGAUGUUUCCUAUCGAAUGGUAUUUCGCCUCUUUGACCAAACUAGAUCGGGAUUUGUGACGUUCGCGGAAUUCAAAAAUGUCUACUCGAAGACUGUUGCGUUUAGCACUGUACCGUUUGAAUUCAAUUGUGAGUUUGUUCACCGACAUUUUGGUGAGAAAAAAACUCGCGAGCUUCCAUACUCUGAUUUUGUACAGAUGUUGAACGGCUUGCAACUAGAGCAUUUGAAGCAAGCAUUUGAAAAACGAGACAAUAGUAAAGACGGAAUGAUCUUUCCACUUGAUGUACAAGAGGUUAUGGCAUCGCUUCGAAGCAACUCCAUGACACCAUUCAUUUCCGAGAACCUAGUUGCCUUAGCUAAAGGAAACAAAAUCAGCUAUUCAUCAUUUCUUGCCCUGAAUAAAAUUCUAUCAAAUAUUGAAAUGUUCUCAAAUUUGUACGACCAGACCCUCAUCGCGAAAUCAGCCGAAAAACGAAAAGUUGAGGAUUAUGUUUUGAAAGACGAGUUUAUGACCACUGCCUUAGAACACGCCGAUGUUACACCGGAAGAAAUUGAGCUUUUGUUUCAAAUUGUCGCUUUUGAACACGAAGAGGGACGUUUGACAAAAUCUGACUUUGAUAAACUGACGCCUUUGAGAGUGCAGCUAGCUGUACCGAUCAAUGUAGAACAAAAUAUUCCAGCGCCUGAAAAGGACGGAGCUCUUCUUUCAAUCGCAAAACGGAUGUUCAAUUUUGGCCUAGGGUGUGUUGCGGGAUGUACUGGCGCUACUGCGGUGUACCCUAUUGAUCUGGUGAAAACACGACUUCAGAACCAGCGAAAGUCAGCUGUUGUCGGGGAAGUGAUGUACAGAAACUUUUGGGAUUGUUUCAAAAAGGUCAUCAGGUUUGAAGGAUACCUUGGACUUUAUAGAGGUCUGCCACCUCAAUUGGUCGGUGUCGCACCAGAAAAAUCGAUCAAGCUGACCAUGAAUGAUCUGGUCCGUGACAUGGUGAAAAGAAAGGACAACUCUAUCCCGCUAUGGGGUGAAAUUUUGGCGGGUGGAACGGCCGGAGGAUGUCAAGUUAUAUUCACAAACCCUCUUGAAAUUGUGAAAAUUAGACUUCAAGUAGCGGGAGAGGUCAAAAGUGCGACCAAAAUAAACGCGAUAUCUGUUAUGCGAGAACUUGGAAUAACUGGACUGUAUAAAGGUUCCAGAGCUUGUUUCCUUCGUGAUAUUCCCUUCUCGGCGAUAUACUUCCCACUGUAUGCGAAUUUGAAACUGGCGUUUCAAGAUGAAAGUGGUCAAACGUCGAUGGGUAAUCUGUUUAUAGCCGGUGUUUUGGCUGGCGUUCCGGCACCGUUUUUGACAACACCUGCAGACGUCAUUAAAACCAGGCUCCAAGUGAAAGCUAGGGAAGGCCAACAGGUGUACUCAGGGGUCGUUGAUUGUGCCCGGAAAUUGAUGCGUGAAGAAGGUUGGAGGGUGUUUUGGGUGGGGGCAAAUCAAAGGGUAUUUAGAUCAGCUCCUCAGUUUGGUGUGACACUACUCACUUACGAGUUCCUCAAGAAAGCCUUGCCAUGGGGAACAAAAGACGCACAACCCCAUAGAAUUGCGGACGCGAAAUCGUCGAAGCACAUUAUGCAACCUGUGAACCCCGAUCACAUAGGAGGGUUGAGAACUGCAUCUUUGGCGUUCGCGGGAAUCGAAAGCAAGUUCGGACUGUUCCUACCAAAGUUCAAACAUCCUGUUAACCAGCACAUCUAUCAAAUCAAGAAGACCUAAUGAAAUCGACAAUACUGACUUAAACACAAUAAUAUCUUAACAUGCACAUUGAAUUUCGUUUAAAUUUUUCAAGGUUAGAUUUUGUUCACUCUUUGUCAAUCGCAAUUUAUCAACUAUUUUUUUAUUUUUAGCAUAUACAGUUUUUGAUGGCGAUUUUGAUGAAGUUUGACUGAAUUGGUUUCAGACAGCGCUUUGAACAUAUUUGUAUUCGAAGUCUGCUUAUUUUGUUGAAUAAUUUUAAUCGUGUACAGAGCAGCAUAUGGAACUAACAGACUAUUGUUAAGUACUGCAAAAUUUAAAAUUUUCAAGCAUAGUAAUAAACAGUUUUAGUCGAAGAUAUAUAAUUGAAGAUUUUUCGGAUA